AUGACCCCAUUCAAGAAUCUAGUGCUUGCACUAUUGGGUCUUGUCUGCUUGACACUUAUUACAAACUCUGUACAAAGUUCAAGCAUGCCAUCCAUCAUUAGAAGACAAUUGACAUAUAAGAAAUGUGAAUCCAUUGGUGAUCCACAUUAUCUUUCAUUCACUGGUCAACGUUUCGAUCACAUGGGUUUAGGAGAUUACGUUCUUGCUCAAUCAUCUGAUAAUCAAUUCACUGUUCAUGUCAGAACUAGUAAGUGGGGAGGUGCUGCAGCUGUCAAUUCCAAUGUUGCUGUCAGAUUAGGUAAAGGAGAAGAUGAUACUUUCGAAUAUGAUGUCGAACAAGAUGUUUUUUACAUUUCUGGUGUAAAGGCAAGUGUAGCUGUCAAUCAAAAAGUUUCACUUGGAACAGGUGACAUUCACAGAUUGAAUUCUAACACUGCUGUCAUUUCUGCAUCCAAUGGAGUCAAGAUGACAAUGUCUUGGUAUCGUCAUGCUGCUUGGAAACAACAAUUAGGUUCGGUUGGCUACAUUUCAGCUGUCAUUGAUGCUCCAAGUGAUGUCAAUUUCAGUAAGGGAAUGUGUCUUGGCAUUAAUCAAGCAUCUCAACAAGCAAUUGACAUUUUGCACAAUCACGUUCAGAGAAGAAUUGCUAGAAAGGCAGAACUCUUGAAGGAAACUCCAAAGAGAAAGAGAACUGCACGAAAGGUCUGUAAGAAAGCUGGUUUAAAGAAGAAACAAAAUCCAUUCGCUUGGAAGUCAUGUGUCAAGGAUGCCAUUCAAUCAGGUGCCAAGAUUGGUUUGGCAAUUGGUAAAACCAUUAAGAAGGUUAAAGUUGCUGAAAAGAAAGUUCUGAAAAAGGCAAUGAAGAAGAGAGGCAAGAAAAUUGUUCGAAAGGUAAAGAAGGGAAUUAAAAAGGCAGAGAAACAAGUUGACUUGUUGAAGAAGAAGGCUGAUCAAGCUCAAAAGAAGGCAACUGCAAAGAAAAACAAGUGUGCUAAGCGUGCUUCCAGAAAGGCCAGACGUGCUGCUAGAAGAGCCAGACGUGCCCAAAAGAAACUUGCAAAGAAACAACAAAUUCUUGAAAAGGUCAAGAAAACUGUCAAGAAAACUAUCAAGAAAGUUGGUCGUCGUGUGAGAAAGGUCAGAAUUGUCAAGAAUUGGAACAAGCUCAUCAAGAAGGUCAGAAGGGACAGAAAGAGAGCCAUGAAAGCUGCUAAGAAAGCUAAGAAAGCUGCUAAAAGAGCCAUCAAGGAAGCAACCAGAAAGGCAAGACAACUGGCAGAAGAAAAGAAGAAACAAGCUGAAGAAUUAGCUAAAAAGCUCCAAAGAGAUGCUGAAGCAGCUGCCAAGAAAUUGAGAGAUGCUGUCGAAGCUGCUGCAAGAAAGGCAAGAGAGGCUGCCGAAAGAGCCAGACAACAAGCUGAAAAUGCCAGAUUGAAAGCUACUCGUCGUGCUAGAAAACAAGCUGAAAGAUUGGCCAAGUUGGCCAGAGAAGCUGCUGAAAGAGCUGCCAAGCAACAAAGAGCCAUUCUUGAACAAAUUCAAAAGCUUGCCAAAUUGGCUGCCAUCAAGAAAGCUCAACAACAAGCUGAAGCAAAGAAGAGAGCUGCCAAAGCUUUGAGAAAGGUUGAACAAGCCAAGAGAAAGGCAGCUGAAGCUCUUGAACGUGCCAAAGCGGAAGCAACCAGAAGAUCUAUUGAAUUGGCUGAUAAAUUGAGAAAAGCUGCUGAAAGAGCUGCUAAAGAAGCAGUUGAAAGAGUCAAAAAAGUUGAGGAAUUGAAGAAGAAGGCCAUUAAGGAAGUUGAAGAAAGGGCCAGAAAACUUCUUACUGGAGGUGUUUCAAAGGGAAAGACUGUUUGUUUAAGACUUCCAUAAAUCUAAUUCACCUAAGUAUCAAUUUGUAAAUAAAAC